AAACCUCCGAGGCUGCAGUGACUUGUCAAUGUGUAGUUCUCUUUUUGUAUCAUGUGACCCGUGUUGUGGUUUGUGAGCGGCUUAUUUUCCUCCUCUUAUUUCUGCAAGACUUCCUGUCCAUCACAUGAACACGGCAAGCCAUUCUAAACUUGUAUUUCCUGAAUGUAUAUAUUCUAGAAAACCCCUAGCUCUCCUGAUUCACAUUAGACGAUCAAAUGUUAGCACUCAGGUCGGGUCUUCUGGGUGGAUAUGAGCACUUGUUUAAUUCUAGGUCAAAGGUGAUCUGAGCUUUAAAACAAAUGCAUCUAGGAAACAAAUGAGGCUUCUUAUACUUUAAAGGUAUUCACAAGCAGAUUUAUCAGUAAAUUCUUUGACUAUAACAAGUACAACAUAGUAAGAAUCAUCAUAUUUGAUACUUGUUUGGUUACUUCCCUUUUUCACUUCUUUCAACUCAAGUUUUUACAAAUGGCUUCACUGUUUUCUGCACAGUUCACAUGAACAAACAGGUGCACAGGAACUGUAGAGGGACUGCUGGUUAAUCAUUAAAGUAAUGUGAUAAAGAUUUGUACUCGGCAAGCGAAAGUCUGUAUUUCCAUUUACAGCUCUGUGGAUCUGUCAUGUAACAGGCAGAGCGGAGGCGCCAGGGCCCUCCUCUCUUAACUUCUCAAAUGAGGAAGCUCACAGCCGAGCUAGUAGCAGCUUCCUUUUACAGCUUUCGGAGGCAGAGGAUGAACAAGUGAAAAAAGGACUUAGAAGUACGCACCAUGAAUAGAUGAAAAUAGCCAUUAAGAAAAACUGAGUCUACUUUGGUUUGCUGGAAUAUAGUUUGAGAGCGGAUGCAAAACUCUUGAGCUCCGGCUCUUGGGUGAGAAACAGGAUGCCAAGUUACCAACCUUGGUGUCAUGGUAAUAUAACUCGAUCCAAAGCUGAGGAUCUACUUUCCAAAGCAGCAAGAGAUGGAAGCUUCCUUAUCCGGGCCAGCGAGUCCAUACAGGGAGCGUAUGCCCUCUGUGUUCUAUACCAGAACUGUGUGUACACAUACAGAAUCCUGCCAAAUGAGGAUAAGAAGCUCUCUGUCCAGGCAUCUGAAGGAGUUCCUAUUAGGUUCUUCUCUAUGCUGCCUGAACUGGUUGAAGCCUAUUACAGUCCCAACAUGGGUCUGGUCACACACCUGCAGUACAUCGUCCAGAGGGAGGAGGAGGUAGACGAGGAACGCAGAAUCAAUAAUCUUCCACCGCAGCUUCCACCCAGGAACUUCACAGCCAACGAUGUGAAGACAAUGACCCCAAGUCUCUGAGCAGGCCUGAAGUCCUUAUCAGACACCUACCUGAUGAGACUGCAGAAUAUGGACUUGUCCAUAAUACCAGAGGAGCAUCAACUGGCUAUCCAAGAAUACUUCAGGACCUCAAUCUGCUUGGAUGCUGAACAAGUACAGUAUGGUUCCCCUAACCUCCCCGGGCUAAAGAAGCUAACAAUGACAAUCUGCAAGAAUUAAACAGGUAUAGUUACCAACAGUGAAAAUUUCCCGCGUUCCUACCAGUUUCUGGAGUCUUUCAUCGAGCGUUGGAACCAACAGCUCUCCCCAGGGAUUGGACAAUUUCCAAAACAAAUUUCUGGCGAUUCUGGUCAAUCUAUAGCCUUUAGGCUUGAGCGACUCACAAAACUGCUCUACUCAAUAGAAAUAAGGCUAAAAGCUCUAUGUGUUGAGUCGGUUGGAUGUGAAGGAGGUCACAGGAAAUCUCUCAUACCGCUUGUUACGUUUGAGGUCAAGCAAGAAUCUUUGGCUAUUCCCACGAAGAUGUUCCUGAAAGUGGAUGUUGAAAGUGGGAAGCUCUAUCUCAAGAAGUCGAAAGGGCCUGAAGACAAAUACUUUGUGCAUAACAAAAUCCUGCAGUUGGUGAAAUCCAGAAAAUGACACAAAAUUGUAAUCGUGGCGGAGACAGAGAAAGAGAAGAUUUCUCGUAAAGAGUUUGUGUUUGAUGAACAAAAGGGAGGGUUUUGUCAACUUCUUCAACAAAUGAAGAACAAACACUCUGAAAAGCCUGAACCAGACCAUUCACAGUGGUUUGUUGGCACCUGGAACAUGGGAAAUGCUGGUCCUCCCCACAACAUCAACUCGUGGUUUCAGUGUAAGGGCCAGGGGAAGACACGAGACGACACCGCGGAUCACAUCCCGCAUGAUUUUUAUGUCAUUGGGACCCAGGAGGAUCCUCUGGGCGAGAGGGAGUGGGCAGACACAGUGAAAGUGUCCUGAGGAAAUCACAAACAUCAGCUUUUAAAACAAGUGGCGAUCCACACUCUGUGGAACAUACGGAUUGUGGUCCUGGCCAAGCCUGAGCACGAAAACAGGAUCUCCCACGUUUUUUCAGACAGUGUGAAGACGGGGAUCGCCAACACUCUGGGAAACAAGGGAGCAGUGGGAGUGUCCUUCAUGUUCAAUGGUACAUCGUGAUUUGUCAACAGUCACCUGACCUCUGGAAGUGAGAAGAAGCUCAGACGCAAUCAAAACUACACCAACAUCCUGCGAUUCCUGAAUCUGGGAGAUAAGAAGCUCAAUCCAUUCGACAUCACACAUCAGUUCACCCACCUCUUCUGGCUUGGUGAUUUGAACUACCGUGUUGAAUUCCCAUCUACAGAUGCUGAGUACAUUGUGACAAAGAUCAAACAGCAGCAGUACCAGGAACUCCUCAGUAAAGACCAGCUCAGCAUGGAGAGGAAUGAUGGAAAGGUCUUCUUGCAUUUCGAUGAAGAGGAAAUCACGUUUGCACCCACGUAUCGCUUUGAAAGAGACACGCGAGAUAAGUAUGCCUACACAAAGGCCAAAGCCACGGGGACAAAAUACAAUUUGCCAUCAUGGUGUGAUCGUGUCCUGCGGAAGUCAUACCCUCUGGUUCAUGUUGUCUGCCAAGCAUAUGGGUGCACUAAUGACGUCAUGACAAGCGACCACUCACCAUUAUUCGCCUCAUUUGAAGUCGGAGUUGCCUCACAGUUUGUCUCCAAGCAAGACCCAAACAGUGCACCUCAAGGUGGGAUACAGAUCAUGAACUGUGUGGCCACCUUGUUGACUAAAUCAAAAACCAAGUUCUUCAUUGAAUACCAUUCCAGCUGCUUGGAGAAAACGGUCAAGACUUCAGAGGGAGAGAACACGGAGCAUUCAGACGGGUCCAUAAAAGUUUGGUUCGGCAACCAAGUAGAGCUCACUCCUAUCAUCUCUGACCCAGAGUACCUGCUGGACCAGCACAUCCUCAUCUGUGUGAAGUCGACAGACAGCGAUGAGUCCUACGGAGAGGGUUGCGUUGCGCUGCGAGCCGCCCAGUUCUGCUACACAGAGUUUCAGGUCACACUGACUCACCACGGAGAGAAGACCGGCACUUUGACAGGCGGCAUCCAGUUACGCACCUCUGAGGGCACACCCACUGAGAAGUUAUAUGAUUUCAUCAAAGUUGAAAAGGACGACACUGUCACCUCAAAAGGCAAAGGCGGUGACGCAAACAAGUCUUCUGUCACCCAAGCACAUGAUAUUUCUAACCCCAGUUACAUGGGAGUGUCCUUCAGAAGUGGCAAUGUGAUAGAUAAAGGUUGGAGUUACAGCAUGCCACCAAAAAAUCUUCCAAUCGUCGGACAAGGAAGUAAAGAAGUCAAGAAAAGUGGCUAUGAUGUGGGUACCCGCAGUCCCACAGGAAAACCUUCAAAUCCUUUGGGUGAGGAUGAAAAGGUGUCAGAGAUGUUUGACAAUCCGUUAUACGGUUCAAUGGGAAAAUCACGUGGCAAAGACCAAGACCAUCAACAGAAGGACCACCUCACCCCUCCAGAUCCCAUCUUUACGACCCCCAAACCAGCUGACGGAGACUCCGAUCGCCCCCCGCUGCCCACCCCACGCAACCGCUCCUACACCUGCUCUGAGACCAAACCUCAGCCUCCAACCCCCAUCGCCUCGCAUCCCUCAGCGCUCAAGAAGCCAGUGGUGCCCUCGCGCUCCGAAGGGGGGAUGGCACACAACCGGCCUCCUUUGCCUUCCAAGUCCCGGCCGGGCGUGCCGGAGCCCCUGAACCCCAGAGACUACAGGGACAGCUCCGAACUCCCCAGCAAACAGAGACCGCCAGCGAGACCUGGCCAGCCACAGCCUCACAAAGACAUGCAUCCUGAACUUCCCAAGAUGGGCCGUUCUGUGAAGUGAGACCAGGCUGCAGCGAUGGUCGGCAUGAUUGUACAGCUUCCUGCUCUGCAUUAUUGGAGACAUUAAAAUACACAGAGUAAAGGCCUCAGCCAGUCACUCCCUACGCCACAUGUAUUAGUUAUGAGUGACUAUUCAUUGGUAAUGAAGGAAUAGUUUUACAUUUUGGGGAAUGUGCCAGUUCAUUUGCUUGUUGAGAGUUAGAUGAGAAGAGCGAUACCACUCUCAUGUCUGUAUGCUAAAUAUGCUGUCACAGCCAGUUAGCUUAGCUUAGCAUAAAGACGGGAAACUGGGUUGCCUGGCUCUGUGCAAUGGGAACAAAAGUCUGGCAGCCAGCACCUUUAAAGGAACAAUGUGUAGCAUUUCUAACAACAGAAAUGGAAUAUAAUAUUCACAACUAUGUUUUCAUUAGUGCAUAAUCACCUGAAACUAAGAAUUGUGUUUCAUAACCUUAGCAUGAGCCCUUCAUAUCUACAAAGGGAGCGCGUCCUCUUCACCAAGGAGGGUGAAAAGAGGAGAUGUCACAACAUCAUAUCAUUGCGGCACAACACGUGCAGUAAAAUCUGGUCUGCACUCACCGAAAUUGAGCCAAUAGCAACGCACAAACGUAGCUCCAUAGCACGUAGCAUGUGUUAUACCCCAUGACUCAAGACUGAAUCCCAGCCUCUUUCAAUAAGCCUUGCUCUUCACGGAGUCCACCAUGUUGCUCCGCCAUGUCUCUACAGUAGUACAGAACAGACAAUCCAAACACUGGCUCUAGAGAGAGACUCUCACGUUGUUACAUUACCUGAAGGCCACCGUAGUUCUCCAACACGCUUGUGAAACUGUGGUAACGGGAUCCGCAGAGUG